AGUGACAAAAGUCAAAUAUUGAAUCAAGAAAACGAACCAACGUGUCAGUUUUACCUCCAAUUGUUCAUAAGGUGGACGUUAAUUAGUGGCGAUGAAAGUUAAAGUAUUUAAAUAUGUUCUAUUUCAUUCUCGUCCUGCUCUUAACCAACGUCUUUAGUACCAACGAAGAACCAGAAAGAGCGACUACUCCCAAAUCCCGGAAAAAGUCUUUCGCGGCUUUGGUUUUCUCCAGUACCACCAACGUACCACCUUCACAAAAAGAAUCAUGUCAGUGGCUAAGACGGCUCAAACACCAGAGCAAGCAGUGCUGGAAACGUAGAGGGCUGGCGAAAAUACUCCUUCAUGCGAAGACCCAGUCGAUUGAGCAGUGCCAGAGCCUGUUCAAGUACGACCAGUGGAACUGCUCCAAACGCGACUUCUUUUUCAAAAAGUUGUACAGGGAAACCGCGUUCAUGUACUCUUUGGCUUCUUCAGCAGUUGCGUACUCGGUGGCCAGAGCGUGUUCGGAAGGUCACUUGCCGGGUUGCAAGUGUGGCGAUCCGGGAAAACUUCCAGAAGGUGCUAACUGGCAAUGGGGUGGAUGCAGUGACAACUCCAAGUUCGCCAAAAAGUUCACCAAGAAGUUUCUACAGAUGAAGAAGAAAGGCGACGGACUUAACGCUAUCGUCAGGUACAACACAGAAAUUGGAAUAAAUGUGGCAACGGAGAACGAAGAACUCGACUGCAAGUGUCAUGGCGUGUCAGGUUCGUGCACCGUCCGAGUGUGCCAGAAAAAGCUCGACUUCAAGAAAAUCGCCGCUCGCCUCAAAAUCCUCUACCACAACGCCAUCCUGGUGAAGCCCGGCAACACUAUCCGAAGCUUCAAAGGCGACAAGAACGCCCAGAACCUCCUCUUCUUGGACAGUAGCCCGAACUUCUGCCUCAACACCGCCGGCCGGCAGUGCAACAGCACAGAAAACUGCGCCACGGUGUGCUGCGGAAGACGUCCGCACUCAACAGAGGUCACCAUAAGGAACGACACCUGCGACUGCGUCUUCAAGUCGGAAAAAUUCAACGUGGACUGCGAGCCCUGCAUGCAGAAGAAAACCGUCCUGACAUGCCCGUAAUUUUUAAAAUAUAUUGUGAUACGUAUUUUUAUAGCUCUCUAACAGUAUAGACAGGCUUUGUUGAUUUCUAAUCACUAUAAUUAAUAAUUAAUCUAUUUAUAUUCAGAGUUUGUGGUUAACACGUGUUAAAUGUAUGAAUAAAAGUCGUUAGCACUGA